AUGGAGCACAUGGAUUCAUCGAUGGAUAUUCAACAUCUUUUGAUGAUGGGGAUGGAUUUAUACCGAUGGACGUUCCAUGAUAACUGGAGUGAAGUGGUGGAGCAAUACAAAAACAAUGCAGCGAUUCACACGAUGCCGAUCAACAACAAAGAAGACACGGCGUUGCAUGUGGCGGCCAACAACAACAAUGCUGUCGCCGUUAAGCAGCUGGUGGAUGAAAUCAAGCGGACGACGUCGGCGGUGGAGAGUUUGAAAAAAAAGAAUGGUAAAGGGGACACAGCGUUGCAUUGUGCAGCAUCCAUAGGGUCGCUCCAGAUGUGCAUGUGCAUCAUUGAAGCUGAUCCUCAUCAAGGACACGUGUUGAUUGAAGAACGCAACAAAGAUGGAGAGACUCCUCUCUUCUUGGCUGCUGCCAAAGGACAUAAGAAAGUUUUCUUUUACCUCAAAGAUUGUUGCGUCGGCGAGUCUAUUGGGCUAUGCAGAAGAACAAGCGAUGGACAGACAGUCCUUCAUUGCACCCUCUACCGAGACCAUUUUGAGUUGGCAUUUGAAAUCAUUCAUAAGUACAAAGAGGGCAUCGUUGGCUUCGUGGACGAAAAGGGAAUUUCCCCUCUCCAUAUCCUAGCCGACAAACCUUCUGCCUUCGAAAGCAGCAGCAAUUUUAGAUGGUAUAACUGGUUGGCAUAUCAGUGUAUAUACGUGAAGCCGUUGAGGAUCACCAGCCAUUCAAAAUCCCAGCAGACUGCUCUUCGCGGCAGCACAGCGGAUACAGAGAACCCAGCAAGUAAUUACAUCAGUGAACAUGAAAAUGUUGUUCCAAAAAAUUAUUGGACAAGUUAUGACAUUUUCAUGGCAUUCACCCGUUUUAUUAUUUGGCCUGUCUGGGAAGCCUUUGGAUUAGAGGUAAUAAAGACAUCGAGGAAGAAGAAAGAAAAGCACGUUUGGUGCGGCCAAAUACUGGAUGGACUAUGGAAGCAUAAAGAUGUAGCAUAUGUUGGAGGUCGUGUCAAAGCCUAUGUGAUGCCCAAACCUGGUCGCGAGACCGAUGGCCCAAAAGGUGAUGCAAAACAAAGUGCAGAUGGUGGCAGUCAAAAAGUCACUGCAGAUCAAGACAAGCUACAAGGUGAUGCGAAACAAAGUGCAGGGGUUGGCAACCAAAAAGUUACUGCAGAUUAACACAAGCUACAAG